AGCUGUAAAACAACAAAGAUUAAUUGAAGAUCUCGGUUAAUAAUUGAUUCUCUUAAACUUGUACAUACCUGUAGACUUGAAUGACCAUGUGAAGUGUAAACAAAGCUUUAACAAAUGAAUGUGUCUGAAACAGGAUUUGACUAUUUAACGUCAUGCAUGAAAUGAACUUCACAUAUUUGUGGAUCAUCCUUGUACCUGUAGUGCAUAUUUGUUUUGUUUCUGGACAGAUUGCAGAUAUGGGGAUUCAGAUGAAAGCUUUAGUGCUGGGUGCUGCAAUGGCAGCCGUAGCUUGUACAACCAUCAUCGCUUUGAUUCUCUCUCUUGCUAAUCAUCAGACUUUGGAUCAAUCAUACUCAACAAAGUAUGGGAUUGUGUUUGAUGCCGGCUCAACUCACACGGCACUUUUCCUGUACCAGUGGGUGGGGAAAAAAGAGAAUAACACUGGAAUAGUCUCUCAGAAACAGAGCUGUGAUGUGGAUGGUAAUGGUAUAUCAAGCUAUGUACAGAACCCUCUGGCAGCUGGAGAAAGUCUUAAGAAAUGCUUGGAUGAGGCCAAGGCAGCAAUACCAGAAAGAGAGUGGAAAACUACACCUGUGUACCUUGGUGCCACUGCUGGCAUGCGGCUUCUUAGCUUACAGAACCAAAGUUUAGCAGACAGCAUUCUCGAAGAAGUCACCAAAACAAUCCAAAGCUAUCCAUUUGAUUUUCGAGGGGCCAGAAUACUCUCUGGCAUGGAGGAGGGGGCUUUUGGCUGGAUCACCAUCAACUAUCUCAUGGAGAGUUUUAUGAAGCAUUCAUUUGAGGGCCAUUGGAUCCACCCAAAAGCAGGAAAGAUCCUUGGGGCUCUUGAUCUCGGUGGCUCAUCAACACAGAUCUCAUUCACCCCAAAAGACCCAGUGAAAAACCCAGAUUCAGCUUUUAGUAUCCAGCUCUACGGGUACAAAUAUAAGUUGUACACACACAGCUACUUGUGCUUUGGCAAGGACCAGGCUUUGAGGAAACUUCAGGUCUACCUUCACAAGACUGCUGGAUCCUCACCUGUUAUCAGUCACCCAUGCUACCAUGUCGGAUUUGACCUCAAUCUUACUUUGAAUGACCUUUACAACUCCCCCUGUGUGGUCAAACCGAACAAUUUUAACAGCACAGCUACAGUCCAGUUCUCAGGAACGGGUAACUCAUCCCUCUGUCUCUCUCUAAUGGAGAACAUUGUUAACCUGACCGACUGUGCAUUUUCACCAGACUGUGGCUUCAAUGGUGCCUAUCAACCUCCAGUCAAUGGCGAAUUUUUUGCUUUUUCUGCAUACUUCUACACCUUUGACUUCCUUGGACUUGUCCCAAAAGCUCCACUGACCCAGGUUCUUUCCACUAUUGAGACCCACUGCAACAAAAACUGGACCUCUCUUAAGGCUGGAAAUCCAAACACUACUCCAAAAUAUCUGAAAGAUUAUUGUGCUUCUGCUCAUUAUAUUAUGACUAUUCUCUUGAAAGGAUACAAGUUCGAUAACACCUGGGAUCAAAUCUCUUUUAAGAAACAGGUGGCAGACACAGAUGUUGGUUGGACAUUGGGCUACAUGCUGAACCUGACCAACAUGAUUCCUUCUGAAUGGUCCAGAGCGGUGACAGGAGUGCCGCACAGUCAGUGGGCAGCUCAGAUUUUCUUCAUCGUAUUUGCCCUGAUUCUCAUUCUUUUUAUAGCCAUUCUCUUUGUUUGUGAUCUAAGCCACUGAGUUGUGUGUCAUGAAUGUGUGUGUAUGUAUUAGUAUUAAUUGCUUAAAUUUCAGACGACAGAUACAAAGAUCGACAAACUUCUCUUUUGACUACUGUUUCUCAUGUGAUUUGAGAUGUUUGUUUUUUCAACAAAGACCUCACAAAUAGUGAAAUAAUCUAUGCAUUUUGACAUUAUGAUGACACAAUGAGAUGACAAGUCCUUGUUUUUCUAACAUUCUAUACCAUUUCUAGCUAAAUGUAGCUUUUUGUUGUUUAAAGUAUUGUCUUGUUUUGAAGGCUUACUAGUCUGUCAAUGAUUUAGUCUGUGCUAACUUAUAACAGUGAUUUUUCAUCAUUCAUAAACUCUAAAUCGUAAGAGUAUAGCUUUUUUUAUUUGCUUGUAUUCAUUUUUACUUACACUCAGCACUUGCAGUAGGAAUUAAAGCAAUUAACAGACAUUACAUAAAUGUAUGAUUAUAUUAUUAUUAUGUGUGAAAUCAUUAUUGUACUUUGUACAUAUUUAUAAAAUACAGAAAUGACAUUCUCCCUAAGCAACAAAAUAUAAGCAGCUUACUUUUUUUUUGCCUUUUCUUGUUACAAAUUUUUUACACAUUACCCACAAUUUUUUUUUAAUGUAAAGUAUGCUAUACUCAGUAAUACUGCAUUUAAUUGAU